AUGCCAAUUGUUACAAGAAGUGGUGAGAUAAUCAAUUCAGCGGAUCAACUUGAAGAACAUUUACAGAUGUUAAACAUUCAGUUACAAGAAAAAGUAUCAGCAUUAAAAUAUGAAUGUCAAGAAUUACAAGAACAAAUUGAUGAAUAUUUAAAGCGACGUGAAAUAAUUAAAAAAGAAAUAUCCGAUCGUAUUGAUGACAAAACAAUACAUCCAAUGGAAAAGUCGGAUGAGGAUAAUAUUGUAACGGAAGCUGAUUUAACAUAUGAAGAAAUGCAGAAGUGGAUAAAUGAAUUUAAAAAUAAAUAUAAUUUGUCGUUGAUUAAUUUAGAAAGUGAAAGUAAUCAAGAUAAAGAUAAUGAACUUAUACACCUACAAAGAAACGACGAGGGAGUAAAUAAGGCAGAAUCGUAUAAGUCAUACAUCAGAGUUUGUAAUUCAAUUAAUUGUGACUAUAAAAUGGCACCAUCGUCACUGGACUUGGAUUUUUUGAAAAAUGAAUCAAAAAGCACGGUUAUGCGUGAAGUAGCAUUAUAGCGAAAAAAAAAUUGUAUACAUUUUUAGACAUGUAAAAUUGAUUAGUUUCUGAUGAAUAAUAUUCAGACGAAAAAGAUGGC